UAAAUUUGAAAACCAAAAACGUAAAUAAAUUGAAGCAAAAGCUUACAAUAAAACAUUUGUGUGUACAACAUUUAAUUAAUAUAAUCGGCAUUAUUUUGACUCAUCAUUUGUGGGCAAAGUUGCCUCGCACUUAAUUUAGUUUGUCAACAAAAACGUAACAAAAGGAGCAACCAACAUGGCGACCAUUAAGCUGUUUAUUAUUGUUUUGCCCUUCUUGCUGACAUGCACAAAGGCUGGCGAAUCCAUUGAUACUCGUGAAGGUGCAGAUUUAAUACUUAAAUGCCGCUUUACUGAACACUACGAUUCAAAGGAUUUCACAUUCUAUUGGGCACGUUGGACAUGUUGUCCGACACAAUUUGAGAAUGUCGCCAUUGGAGACGUUCAAUUAAAUUCGAAUUACAGAUUGGACUUUCGACCCAGUCGUGGCAUUUAUGACUUACAAAUUAAAAAUACAUCAUACAAUCGCGACAAUGGCCGUUUCGAGUGUCGCAUCAAGGCCAAAGGUACAGGUGCAGAUGUUCAUCAGGAAUUUUACAAUUUGACAGUUCUGACACCACCCCAUCCGCCCAUAAUAUCACCCGGCAAUAUUGCCGUUGCUACCGAAGACAAACCGCUCGAAUUGACAUGCAGCAGCAUUGGCGGUUCGCCAGAUCCAAUGAUAACUUGGUAUCGUGAGGGCAGUACAGUGCCACUACAGUCGUACAUUUUGAAAGGCGGUUCAAAGAAUCAUUAUACGAAUGCUACGUUGCAGAUACUACCAAGGCGGGUUGAUGAUGGCGCCAAAUACAAAUGCGUCGUUUGGAAUCGUGCCAUGACCGAGGGUCAUACACUGGAAACAACUGUCGCCCUGAAUGUGAACUACUAUCCACGAGUUGAAGUUGGUCCGCAAAAUCCCCUGCGUGUUGAACGCGAUCAUGUCGCCAAAUUGGACUGUCGUGUGGAUGCAAAACCAAUGGUUUCGAAUGUAAGAUGGACUCGAAAUGGCCAAUAUGUCAGCACAACACCCGUCCACACAAUAUAUCGGGUAAAUCGUCAUCAUGCUGGUAAAUACACGUGUGCAGCUGAUAAUGGUUUGGGAAAGACUGGAGAAAAAGAUCUUAUUCUUGAUGUUUUAUAUCCACCCAUUGUGAUAAUUGAGACAAAAACUCACGAAGCAGAAGAGGGCGAAACGGUGUUAGUACGUUGCAAUGUUACCGCCAAUCCUCCACCCAUAACCAUUGAAUGGUUGAAAGAAGGGGCCUCAGACUUCCGUUUCAUGGGAGAACUGUUGACUUUGGUGUCAGUGAGAGCUGAACAUGCAGGCAACUACAUUUGUCGGGCAGCCAAUCUCAUGCAGCCUUAUGGCACCAAGAGAGUUGAAGGUGUAGGGAAUUCCACGGUGGCAUUAUUGGUGCGUCAUAGGCCAGGUCAGGCCUACAUAACUCCAAAUAAGCCGGUGGUACAUGUGGGCAAUGGUGUGACAUUAAGUUGCUCGGCUAAUCCUCCAGGUUGGCCAGUGCCGCAAUAUCGUUGGUUCCGUGACAUGGACGGAGAGUUUAGCAACACGCAAAAGAUUCUUGCCCAAGGUCCUCAGUACUCGAUUCCCAAAGCCCACUUGGGUAGUGAGGGAAAAUAUCACUGUCAUGCUGUCAAUGAAUUAGGCAUAGGCAAAAUGGCCACCAUAACUCUAGAAGUACACCAGCCGCCACAGUUUCUGGCCAAAUUACAACAGCACAUGACACGUCGUGUGGGUGAUGUAGAUUAUGCAGUGACUUGUAGCGCCAAGGCGAAACCUGCUCCCAUCAUAAGAUGGAUUAAAGAUGGCACUGAAAUUCUUCCAGGUCGCAAAAUGUAUGAUAUACGCACUACACCCACCGAAACAACCAAUGGCGUGGUCACAGUCCAGAGUAUUCUCAAAUUUAGAGGGAAAGGCCGCCCAAAUGGCAAUCAAUUGGUACCGUCCGAUCGUGGUCUGUACACCUGUCUCUAUGAAAAUGAAGUAAACUCAGCCAACUCCAGCAUGCAUUUACGCAUUGAACACGAACCAAUUGUUUUGCAUCAAUACAACAAAGUAGCCUAUGAUGUGCGUGAAUCGGCUGAAGUCAUUUGUAAGGUGCAGGCUUAUCCCAAGCCAGAAUUUCAGUGGCAGUUUGGUAACAAUCCAUCACCUCUUACCAUGUCCUCAGAUGGUCAUUAUGAGAUCAGCACUAGAGUGGACAACAAUGAUAUUUACACCUCGAUAUUGAGAAUAAAUCACCUUUCACACUCCGACUAUGGUGACUAUGCCUGUCGAGCUGUCAAUCCUCUAGACACUAUACGCACACAAAUCCGUUUGCAGCCUAAAGGACCACCAGAGAGACCUACAAACUUGAAGGUAUUAGAAACUGCUCACAAUUUCGUUAUACUCAGUUGGAUACCCGGCUUCAAUGGUGGCAUGUUGAGCACAAAAUUCUUAGUAACAUAUCGAAGAGUACCCACACCUCGCGAACAAUUGCUGUCUGAUUGUGGUGCUGUGCAUGCCUUUGCCUCCAGCAGUGGCAUGAGCUCACCUGAAUGGCUAGAGUUUGAUUGUUUCCGUGAUAAUCCCUGCAAAGUUGCGCCGCUGGAUCAACAUCAAUCGUACAUGUUCAAAAUCUACGCCCUUAAUGCCAAAGGCAGCUCCGGCUACUCCAACGAAGUGUUGGCCACAACAAAAGUCAGCAAAAUACCACCACCCCUUCAUGUCACCUAUGAUCCAAAUUCUCAUAUUGUUGGCAUUAAUGUGGCUGCAACUUGUCUUUCACUAAUUGCAAUUGUCGAAUCGCUAGUCAACCGUGCAUCACCCAUGGCCACAUGGGAAAUUGUUGAUACUGUAACAUUGCUGCCAUCCGGCAACGAAGCCACAUUCAAAGAAACAACAAUUAAUCAUAUUGCACAAAGAACGCACUACAGUAUGACAGGCGGUCGGUCGAUGAGUCAUGCAGAGGAUAUAACAUUGGCAUUGGCGGAAAAUAAGCAGGGUCCAUCAGUGCGUGUCAAAUUGUGUUUGCGUUCUAAUCACGAUCAUUGUGGAGAAUACACAAAUGCCGAAAUUGGAAAAUCAUAUCUACCCGAAACGUCAAGUUUAACAACGUCUACUAUAGUGGCGAUUGUUAUAGCAACCGUUGCAUUCCUGCUCUUUGCUGGCUUCUCGAUAAUGCUGUGUCGCUGUAGGCGUUCAACAACAUCUGCAAAGAAAUCUGCCGCAAAUACUGCCAAAGAAUACGACCUAGAUUCGGGUCGACCAUCGAUUGUUGCCCAAACCAGUGGGCAGCAGCCACCACCACCGCCCUACUAUCCCACAGGCAGUUUAGAUAGUAAAACACUUGACGCUCAUUCCAUGGAGUUGACACUCACUGCCGUCCAGGAUAGCGACGACCAAUUACUCCAGCAACAACAUCAGCAACAGCAGCAAACACAAUGUUCCACCCAAAAGUCUUCUGCGAAUUCAUUGUAUGGUACACAAAACGGAUACGGUUAUCAUAUGACAAGUGCCAUCGGUGUCGAAGGGGACAGCUAUCAAGUGAUACCAUCGUCCGGACUUCAUACAUUAGCAGGCGGUGCAGAGUGGUCAUCAAUGCAUUAUCCAACGUCCGAAAAUAAUUACACAAAUUCAAAUAGUAUAUCAGCCAGUAUUGGUAGUAAUCAGGAUACACUGUGGCGCAUGAAAAUGUCAGCAGCAACUGCACAUGCAGCUGCAGCUAUGCACCAACAGCAGCAACAACAACAGCACCAACAACAUCAACAUCCGGCUACACAGAUUUAUAUUGAAAGACCACCAUCUGCAUUCAGUAGCUGUGGUGGCAGUGAUCCGCUAACACAGUAUGUUGUCGAUUAUGUCGGAUAUCCGGUGCCACCACCGCCGCAUAUAACAUCGGUGGCAGCAUCCGGCAGUCAACACAGUUUUCAAAGUGGCAGCCACAAUGCGUCAAGUAUAGCAAACACCACCUCAAACUCCACCACCUCCAGCUCAACGGGCAGCAGUAAUAGUAGUCAAAGAUAUGAGAAGAAACUCUCCGAAUCAUCCUCAAAAUCACCCCAACAACAGCAACAUCAGCAGCAAAAUCACCAGCAUCAGCCACCACAACCCACCCAACGAUAUGGCACAUUGAAAAAGUCCAAACAACAUACGCAGCAACACACAUCUGCAACAGCAACAACAGCGGACCAACAACAUUUGGCUGACAUCAUACAAGAUGUGGAAAAUUAAAAAAAAGAAAAGCAAAACACGUGUUGGUUGGUAACCACUCAAUAUGGUAAGAAUAUAAAAUAGAGGCAAGAAACAACAAAAAAAUAAAAAAACUGUAUUGUGAAAUUUGAAAAAUUGUCAUCAUUAAUUAGCAUUAGAAAUUACAAUGUAGUUAAAUUUAAUUACUUAUUUGUAUAAUUAAGUUUACAUUCCAUAAACUAAAUUUAAUUAGAAAGAAUAGGAAUACAACAAAAA